UCUAUUUAGUUGUCACAUACAUGAACACUUCGUAAAAAUAAUUACUGGCAGAUCUACGUGUAAAUCUACAUGUAAACUUUCCAAAAGAACUAUUAAAUUUAUUUUGAUUAUCAUACGAUUGUAUGGAUCAGGUUAACUGGUGAUGAUAAGUGUACUAAAAAUUUAAUCUAUGUAAAAUGUUUUGUAUGUGGCUAAAUGUUAACGUAAUUAUGUGUGUGUAUUAUGCUGCAAUGGAACAUAAUAUGAUUUUUUAUUGAGUUAAGAAAAUAUACAUAUUAUUAAAAAACAUUAACAAUGCCAAACCGAACUGAAAUUGGUGUUAUUCCUGAUAAUUUAAGGCACGAGGAAACAAUAGUUCAAAUAGCAGAAGCUCUCGACAAUCUAGAUUCUGCUGUUAAUUAUAUAUUUGAGUCUAUUGAUAAAAGGCUUUUUCAAAAUGGUCAAAGAUUGUCAAAUGUUAAAGAUAGGGCCACAAAACUUCAAGAUCGAUUAAAAUAUUUACAAACUAACUUAAAUUUAAAAGCUGUAAAAAUGUUUUCUGCUGCAAGGUAUCCUGCUAGUCACACAUACAAAGAAUAUGAAUUGGCUAUACCGCCUCAGUGUGAUGAUAUCAAUAAGAUACCAAAAGUUUACAAAUGUUCUGUACCUAUAAGAGAUAUUCCUGAAACAUAUCUAUCUUCUAAUUGUAAAACAGAAGAUGGCCAAUAUGUAUCAAAUAAUAAUCUGCAAGAAAAGCUACAAUUUUAUCAUGUUCGAUCUAAAUCUAAUAAAGAACUUUAUACAGAUAACAACGAAGUGACAUUCCCUUUUGAAUUAUCUUCGAUCAAUUCUCUAUUGUUCAGUAGUAUGGACAAUCCAUAUAAGAUAUCUACUAAACAGACUUCCCACAAAUUAAAUGACAAACAGCAAAUAGAAGAUGCACCAGAUUCAAUUAUACAACCAUGGUUAUCAUCAGAAAUGGAUUUAUCUAGUAGUUAUCUAUAUACACCAACCUUAGGAGAGGUGCCACAGAUAAAUGUGCCGCUAAUACUUCCGGAUCUACCUGGAAUUGUAGACGAUGAAAAAUUCGUUUUAGAUUUUAAUUCUCAAAGUCCUAUUGCACCUUCCUCAGCAGUAACCACUCCUACCGUUCGGCUUGAUCUACCAACUCCAACAUCAACAAUAGACGAGAAGGAUUCGAGUACAAAACAUGACCGAACUAUCCCAAACUUACCUGGCUUUGCCGAUACCGAUUUCUCAAAAGAUUCUACUGAGCCUGCUCCACCACCUCCUCCUCCUCCCUUGAUCGCAUCAGACACGUCGACUUCUGCUUCUUCGAACUCUAAGACUGAUAGCCGUUCCUCAUUAGUCUCAUCGUUGUUAGAUCCAUCGAUACCACCGCCACCGCCACCGCCACUACCACCGCCACCUCUUUCUCCUCCACCGCCUCCACCGCCACUGCCUCCAGCUGAAUCCAAAACAACCAUUCCUGAAUCUCAAACUAAAGAUUCAGACAAAAAGAAAAUUGUUAAGGAUCUGAAUAAAGCAAUCAAACCGGAUGUCAGAUCUAAUUUAAUGGAAGCUAUUCGCAACGCUGGUGGUAUAGGAAGGGCGAAACUGAGACAUACUGUACCACCAGAGGAAAAAGAAGGAAAUCGUUGGUCCUCUGCAUCCGUUGGAGGAGAUUUAAUGGCUGAUUUGCACGCAAAAUUAGCACUCAGAAGGAAGGGAAUCGCUGGGUCCGGAGGUAGUGCUCUCGAAAGAAUGUCCAGCUUGAUUCCUCCUCCUCCCAAACCAAGCGAUGCAGUUGCGUCAGAUAGAAAUUCGGCCACCAGCGAGUAUGACUCUCAACCAGAUACCGAUGAUUGGGACGAGUAACGCUACUCGAUAUUGUUAAUUAUGUACAGUUUCUAAUUCAAAUUUCAUUCACUUAUCAUAUUUAACAUUUCAUGUAUAGUUCCAUUCAUAAAUUAUUGGAAACUUACUUGGGAAAUUUAUAACAAAAUAGAAUUUAUGUUAUAAAAUAAUCUAAUUUUGUAAAACAUGUUAGUGUUUGUAUAUUUGUUAAUUGUAUAUAUACAUAUAUUAUGCAGAAAAGAUCUAAAAUUAUACAUUGAAUUCAUUAUUUUUAAUAAUUAUAUUUCAAAUUCAUUUUUUGUAAUUUUUAUUAACGAUUUCAUUAAAUAAUUUCAAUUUUAAAAACUUGUA